CUCGAGCGCCUUCACAGCCCGCGAACGCGCAAUUGCAGAACACACGCGCCUUUCCACGAUUCGGAUAUCCACCAGGCGGAGUCAGAACUCAACUUGCUUGUAUCGGUUUCAAGCAUUACGUAUUAGUUGCAUGGCCGCACUGUAGGACAGCUGAAAAUGCGGAGCCUCGGCCUUUCGUUGACGCUGCUCGUAGCGGUGUUGCACUGCAUGCAUGCUGCCAGAACCAUUCCUAAGCACAGUAUCGACAUUGUAAGCAACACGCACACUCACAAAAGGCGAGGAGGCGACGAUGUGCCGGGCACCAUCAAGCCCACGUACGCGGGCUACCUGAAAGUCAGCCCGGACGGCUCAGCUAUCUAUUAUGCAUACUAUGAGGCACAGACUCAGGGGAAGUCGGAGGAUGCCGGGGAUGCGCCCAUCGUGCUCUGGCUGCAGGGCGGCCCGGGCUGCGCCUCCACGUUCGGGGGCUUCUACGAGCUGGGGCCGUGGUCGGUGCGCGAGGACCUGAGUGUGGAGCCCAACCCGGGCUCCUGGAACCGGCUGUUCGGGCUGCUACUGCUGGACCAGCCAGUGGGCACCGGCUACAGCCUGGCUGCCAACGGCAGUAGCAGCGUGCCGCCGGACGAGAUCGGCAUGGCCACACACCUGUACACGGCGCUGCAGGGCUUCUUCACCAGCCACAAGUCGCUGGCUGACCGCCCCUUCUUCAUCACCGGCGAGAGCUACGCGGGCAAGUAUGUGCCGUCCAUCGCGCACUACAUCCUGCAAGUCGGCGAGGAGGCGGGGCAGCACCAGCACCAGCAGGGGCAGCAGCAGCCGGGCUCCAAGGGCCCGCUGCUGAGCCGGCGCCGCAGCCUGCCGCUGGGGCAGAGCGCGCCCGUGUUCAAGCUGGCAGGCAUCGCCAUCGGCAACGGCCUGACAGACCCACGGGCCCAGACCCAGACGCUGGCCGCCGCCGCCUACUACAGCGGGCUGCUGCCGCCGGGGCUGAGGGACGUGGUGGCGGGCCGCGCAGCCGAGGUGGUGGGGCUCAUUGAUGCGCGGCAGUGGGCGGAGGCGCACGACGCCCGAGAGGCGCUGCGCGGCUUCAUCACCAACGCCACGGGUAUCGCCACCAUGUUUGACACGCGCCGCACGGAGAUGUACGACCCCAGCAGGGCCGUGGACCGACUGCUCAACCUACCCGAGGUGAAGGAGGCCAUGCGCGCGCGGCCCGACUCCAACUACACCUCCUGCUCGCAGCUGGUGGGGGGUGUGAUGGCGGCGGACACGAUGCAGUCGGUCAAGGCGCUGCUGCCCGACAUACUGCGGCGCCUGCCCGUGCUGCUCUACCAGGGUCAGUACGACAUUCUGGACGGCGUGGCCUCUGUCACCUCCUGGACGGAUGCGCUGGAGUGGGAGCACCAGGCGGAGCUGCAGACGGCGCAGGGCUCCCUCUGGUACCUGGCCUCAGACGACGACGACCACGAUGACGACAAGGGUGGCGACGGGCGCCGAGACCUGCAGGGCGCGGCUGCGGGCGGUGCGGCGGCGCGCUCGGCGGUCGGGAUCAGCCCCGACACACGCGGCCAGAAACCGGCUGCUGGCUGGCGCCGCUCCGCCGGCCCGCUGACGCACGUGGUGGUGUAUCGGGCCGGUCACAUGGUGCCGCACGACCAGCCGGCGGCGGCGCUGCAGAUGAUGGAGGGCUGGGUCAUGGCGGCGCUGGAGGGCGCAAAGUUUUCUUAGUGCUUGAUGGGUGGUGAGCAGGCGAUGGCGUCGGAGGUAGUUGGGAGGCUGGGGAGGGGGCGUGCGUGACUGUGUGAGCAAAGGAGCUAGGUAUCGUAUGGGCAGCUCACGUCUGGGGAAGCUAGGGCGGCAGGUUGUGAUAACGGUAGAAUGGGUUGAGGCGAAGUGAGCGGGAUUGCCAAAUGGGCCACUGUGUACCAAAUGCAGCGCUGCGGGGUACUGCCGGUCAAGCACGAUGUCGCGGCGGCGCUGUGUGCUGUUGGGCUCGUCGUGUGGCCGUGUGGGCACCGGGGGUCCGUGCAUGGGGAAGAAUCAGGCGACAUGGGCCAUGGGCCUCCCUUUGCAGUGCCAAACAAACAAUUUUUGUAAAGUUUCAACUUA